AUGGUUGUGUUUAAGAGCCAGGAAGUUGCCCGAUACAUAAUAGAGAAGAAAUCAACAGUAUGGGGGCCUGCACAUAGUGGCAAAGAGACAUUGUACAGUGAUGGAUCCCUGUUGCUUCAUGGUGUAACUCAAAAAGACUCUGGGUUUUAUACUCUAGCUAUUCUGAGAACAGAUAUGAGAAGUGAAGAAGCACAUGUUCAUCUCCAGGUGGACCCCUCAUAUUCUCUGUGUUGCAACCCUCUCACUCCUUUCCCACUCAUGAUCCAACCAUUGCCUCCAUAUGUUGUUGAAGGGAAUGAUGUACUUCUUAACGUUCAUAAUCUUCCAGAAGAUCUGCAAGGCUAUGCCUGGUACAAAAUGAUAUAUAGGGGCCAUGUCAUUAAAAUUGUAGAAUACAGCUCAGCCAUGUAUUCUCUCUCUUGGGAGCCUGAAUACGAACCAAGAGGGACAAUGUACAAAGAUGGAUCCCUGAUGCUCCUGAAUGUCACUGAGGAAGAUGCAGGAAUGUAUGCACUAGCAAUUUUAAACAAAGAUUUCAAAAUAGAAGAAGCCUACGUGAAAUUUCAUGUAUACAAGAAUGUGACACAGCCCUUUGUGCAAAUCUCUGAUACCACAGUCGCAGGACAAAGAUCUGUGAUCUUCUCCUGCAUUUCACCUGACACUAAUAUCUCUAUCCGUUGGAUCUUCAAUAAGAAGAAUCUGCAGCUCAAAGAGAGGAUGACUUUGUCCCCAACAAAGUGUGGACUCAAAAUAGAUCCUGUCAAGAGUGAGGAUGCUGGAGAAUAUCAAUGUGAGGUCUUCAACCGAGUCAGUUCGAAGAUCAGUCCCCCAGUGAGUCUGGCCAUCAUGAACGAGUGA